AUGAAAGAUGUGGCGAAAUCGCAAUCAAAACUCAAUAUAGAAAUGAAAAAAAUGAAAGCGCAUCAACAUACACACAUUCUAGAAUUAAAUCAAUUCAGUAACGGUGUCGCCGAUGAUGUAAUGAGACCGGAAGUGAUGCUAGAUGAUGUCAUCCCAGAUCCCGAUGUAGUAGCACUAGGUGAUGUCAUAUGUGCUUCGCGACGAACCAUGCUGGUAGAGAAACCCGGCAAAUUCGGAAAACGGAUACCUAUUUCGCGUGCUUUGACCGAUACCUAA